GUCUGAAGUAUCGCGAGACUCCUCGCUGUUAACGCCAAGACGCUCGAGAUCCCAGCCAUGCAAACAAAGAUGGUGGCUCCCUGACCGUCCAUGUGGCUCAGCAGACAGAAAAAAUAGUUGUUAUUCACAGUAUUUUCUUCAGCUGUCGUUAAUAACAGACUGCAGACUCGUUGGUAAAGCUGUUAACAUCUCCGUCAGGAAACAAACAUGCAACACGACGACGUAAGUGUGGAAAGAAUAAACGUAAAGCCGCUAAUGUUCCGACAAGAUGUAACGUUAACGUUAGCCUAGCGGUAACUGUCAAGAAAUGUGAAAUGUAGUUAAGUCUGAAUACACUGAUGGCAGGAAAACAUCUUUAGUGAAUAGUGGAUUUCUACGAUGAUUAUUUAUGAUCACAAGUAAUUAUUCUGGGCGGCUGGAGACUCGGACUGACUGAUCCAGUUCUAUAUCAUUUUGCAUUGUCAAUUUUUCUUAAGGCUCUCUUUUAAGAAUAUUAAGUGUUCUAAGGACUCUAAUGUACAUAUGUUGCUUCUGUUUUAUGGCGUAUAUAAAUCAAUGCCGAUCAGCCUCAAAGAUUCAUCAUUAACUUACAGUCGCUUCUUUUAAAAUGAGUUUUAGAUUGUGUAUGAUAAAAGUCGACGAAUCUGACUGAGAUUUUCAGUGUCUCGUCAGUUUCUGAAUAACAACCUCAUAAUUCAUCAAUAUGUUGCUCCACACCUCCUGUUGUUGCUAUAUGAAAGUCUUAUCCAACCCAUCCUUGUGUACUGUUCUACACGUUUCUUCACUACGCUUUCUGCCUUGAAUAGUAGGCCCCAGUAAAUACCCUGUCCUGUUGCCUCCUUGCUGCCGAUUGCUGUUGUCGGGGUGUUUGUCAUUAGUUGUCUGUUCCUUAAGGUCUGUCCUAUGUGAUGUGCAUUUUUGACCUUUUAUGUAAUGUACAGUUGGUGAAGACAAAUUUCCCCAUGGGUAUCUAUCUAUCUAUCUAUCUAUCUAUCUAUCUAUCUAUCUAUCUAUGUGAUUGCUAUUUAAUUUUAGUUUGUGUAGAUUAUGUUUAUAAUGUGUUUAAUCUGUUUUCUGCAGGUGAUCUGGGACAUUAUUGGGAACAAACAGUUCUGCUCCUUUAAAGUCAAGUAAGUCUGUUUUUUCCACCUUCGUAAGGAUUCAUUUGUUAUUAAAUCUAUUCUGUUUUAAUGUUGUAUGGAUCAGAGAUCACAAAUUCACAUCAGAUCAUAGAAAAAAAUACCCUCAGCCUGUCCACAUAUAACCCCAAACUACAGUAGAUGAAUAAACGUGUGUGACAAAACAAACAUCGUAUAUCUGUCCAUUUCUGGCUCAUACUAAAGGAAAAGGAAAGGAGAAACAUACAAAUACACAAAACAAAGACUCCACAUCUUAUAUGUCUAAUGAUUAUUAGUUUGAUUCAUCUCUUGUUCACUUAACUGAGCAGUUUGUUUCCCGUGAUGGGUGCAGUUUUAUAUUUCUCACGACCUGAGAAAUAAGAAGAUGUUUGUGAAAGAUAGGAGUCUAUUGAUCUGGCUGAGGUUUAUAAAGUGAAUCCAAAAGCUCAGAAAAGGUCAGAGUAACGCUCUGGCUGAGAAUCUUACAAUUUACUUAAGUUUAGAUAUUUAACAGUGAAAAGUUUCUUUCUGUUUCCUGCAGAACUAAGAGUCAGAACUUCUGUCGAAAUGAAUACAACGUCACAGGGUUGUGUAACCGCUCGUCCUGCCCGCUGGCCAACAGUCAGUACGCCACCAUCAGAGAGGAGAAAGGUAACGACAUCACGGGAAUACAUCAAAGCUUGUCAGCUUGUUUAAAGCUCCAGUGAGGAGUUUUAGCUGGUUUUGAAACAGUCUGCGAUUUCUGCUGCAGGUCAGUGUUUCCUCUACAUGAAGGUGAUCGAGAGAGCAGCAUUUCCCGCCAGGAUGUGGGAGAAGGUAAAAGAAAAGCUUUGUGUUGUUUCGUGACCUCAUUUAUUACACUGUGUCAAAAAUCAAGUUGUAUUAGUCUGCUUUAACAAACACGUGAAUAUUGAAGCGAGCUGAAGUUCCAGCAGGGAGCUUUGUUUGCAUAUGAAGAAUUUCACCGACAGACCUUCUUAUAAAUGGCUUUGUUCAAGUGUUCCUCUGUUCCUCUGUGUGUGUUCAGGUGAAGCUCAGUAAGAACUACGAGAAAGCUCUGGAACAGAUCGAUGAGAAUUUGAUCUACUGGCCUCGAUUCAUCCGACACAAAUGUAAACAGCGUUUCACCAAAAUCACUCAGUACCUUAUCCGCAUGCGCAAACUGGUCCUCAAGAGACAGUAAGUACUACAACACGGUCCAAAAUACGUCAGUAUAGAAGAGAAUAGAUUUAUUUGAAUUUUGCAAUGUGAGGAAACAACAUUUAAGAGCGUAAACUGAUCAUGCAGUCAACAGGUUCAACUCUCCCAAAGAAAGAAAGAAAACUAAAGAAGUAACAUUUCAUGAAUCGUUUCAAUUUGCUUCUGUGUUUCAGGAGAAAGUUGGUUCCUCUCAGUCGGAAGGUGGAGCAGCGAGAGAAGAGGAAAGAGGUGAGUGUUUAUCAUACACUGUUAUAAUGUUAAAGGUGCGUCAGUCAUUCAGGCCGUCUCAUGUAACGCCCACCAUCAGAUUUUUGCCCUAGUGUCCCAUUAAAACUAUAUUUCCAGUUUAAACUCUUGUAUUAAUGCCCAGAAUGUUCAAUGAUCAGCUUACAUUAAAAGGUUCAGUAGGACUUUGAGAUCCUGAUCAGGAUUUACAGAUUUUUCUCUGGUCUGGACUCAAACUAAAGGAGACUUUGUGUUUCUCUCAAACUUUACCUGUGAACUGUGGAUGUUCUUUAGAAGUAUUUAAAGAGCUGUUGAUGAUCUGUAUAUUUCUGCUUCUCUGUCAUCGUUUAAUCUUUUUUCCCCAAGUUUGCUCUUUGUGCCGUCUGUUGUUAAAGGUGCUGCAUAUAUAGGAUUUACUUCCUCAUGUUAACCUGUAUAUUUCUCUGCAUUUGUAGGAGAAGGCUCUGAUCGCUGCUCAGCUGGAUAACGCUAUCGAGAAGGAGCUGCUGGAGAGACUCAAGCAGGGAACGGUACAACUGUCUGAUCCUCGACAUACGGAUCUGUAACUUUAUGAUGCUUCAUGACAGAACUCGAGUUCUCACUGAGACUUAGUCCUGUGUGAGCUGAUAUCAGACUUAAACCAGCCUGGUACAGAAAAUGAUUUACCAAACUCUGCUGAAGUGUCUGCAUGGCCUGUUCAAAAACUGAUCCGUGGUAACGGGUAUCAGACCACCAUGGAUCACAGCAGAGGGAACUCCCUCACUGGACAGUCCCCUUUCCUGGUUCAUUAUUCAGACCAUAGACUGUAUAGAAUAGACAGCUUCUGCCUCCUCGCUGGGUGAAGCCACUCCGAGAACAGCACCCUCUGUUGAUGGACUGCAGUAUAGGCCAUAAAUCCUGCCUCCGCCAGCAAAGCUUAUAGAGCUGUGGACAAACUUUAGAAAUUUAUUACACAGAACAUGAAUUUUUCUCCCCCCUGCUUGUGAUGUUGACAUGUAGUUGCAGUAAGACUGGUUUGUGCUCAUGUCCUCUUUUUUCUGUGAAGCUCCGUUUUUAAAAGUUAUUAGGGGGUUCACGUUUUCUAUGAUCGACACCUGAUACAGCCUAUGGGCGUUCAGGGAUUGCGUAGCUCUCCUGGGGGAUACGCUGUUUGAGCUGAGCGUCAUCACAGGGACUCUCAACGAAUGCGCACAACGCUACUGCGCAGCGUUGGUUUCAAGAAAUGAAGAAAAAGCACGGAAAUACUGAGAGCUUUUUGGCUUCAAAUCUGUGUACAGGCGGGGGGCGGAACCAAGUUGUCCAUAGUAUAUACAGUCUUUGAUUCAGACUCAAUGAAACGUUUUCUUUUUGUUAAAGUGAAGCAUUAAUUAUGUUGUUCCUUCAGUACGGAGAUAUCUACAACUUCCCGAUCCACGCCUUCGACAAAGCUCUGGAGCAGCAGGAUGAAGAGAGCGAGUCAGAGGAGGAAGAGGAGGAGGAGGAGGACGAUGAGGUGAUGAGAGCUUCUUCCUUGGGGUUCAGAACUUUCAACACUUUGUUUUAUUUCUCAGAGUUAAUAAUCAAUGAUGAGUCAAGCUGCUGAGUUUGUCUCCUCUCUGUCUGCAGGACGUCGGGCAGAGAGAGUUUGUGGCAGAGGACGAAGUGGAGGAGAGUGACCUGAGUGAUUUUGAGGUAAAGUGUCAGAUUCGUGAACCUCAAACAGCUGAAAGGACAGAAUGAUGACUACUGAGGAUGGAAACUCCAAAACGAGUUCAGAUCCUCAGGAAUAAAAAAAAGAAAUUUGACUUCAGUGACAUAAAAACUAUUCUGCGUUUUUCUUCAACAUCUCUCAUGUGAAUGUUUUUUUUUCCUCUCAGGACAUGAACAAACUGAGAGCGAGCAGUGACGAAGAGGAGCAGGACGAGGAGGAGUCCAGUCAGGAAGAGGAGGAGGAUGAAGAAGAGGAGGAGAAGGAAAUGGAGGUGGAGAUGACGAACAAGAAGAAGGGCUCCAGGUGGAAAGGAAAAUCUCCAGCUAACGGCACGGUGGUGAGGAAGAAGCGAGCGUUUGUGGAGAUCGAGUAUGAGCAGGAGACAGAGCCCGCCUCCAAGAACAGAACCACGUAAUGAUGUCAUGGUCUCUGUGGCCAAUCAGACUGUGAGCUGUGUGUGAGGUCAGAGGAUGCUCUGCUAAGGACACACCGCCUCUGUGAACAAACACACUCAGAUUAUCAGCGUGUGGACUGAUCCUCCUGAAGAUUUUCUCUUCAGGGUUCAUCCUGUUCAUUACCUCAGGUGACCUCUCUCACCUACUGUCUUCACUCUUCAGACCACUUCAUGUAAGAGGAACAAUUAAAGAACACAUUAUAAUGAUAGAAAGACAAAUAUGAUCAUUACCUUUCAGCCUUUUUUCCAUCUUUUGAAAUUUGUUCUUUCUUUGUUGAUUAUUAAAGAACAAAAAUAAUCUUCA